AUGUCAUCCCAUCAACUUCUCUCGGUCCAAAGUGCUUUUGCAGCUUUACAUCCUUUUCUUUCCAGGUUGGGACUUCAACCGGGGACGGAAGAUGAAGUUUUGAAAAGGUUAGAAGAGCUGGAGAGGGCUUUGGAGGGGUAUAAAAGGAAAGGGCAGAAGACUAAGAUCGGUAAUGAGGGAGAGGGUGGAGAUGAGGUAUGGUUUGACAGUGCUGGCUUCAUUUGGGAUUUGUUGGUUCGAGUUAAUACGACGACUUCGCCCAGCGGGUUCUUACUCUCCAACCACGGAAUCAUUUGGUGCGCCGAGAAUCCCUCAGCCCCAGAGUAUUCGUAUUUCACUAUCCUUAUAGAGACCAAGAGAGUCACACUAUGGAACGCUGUAAUGCACUUCGAUCGUACGCUUCAAGGCGGAGCUAGUCCGCGAAGCAAACUUUCGGCUAGAACGCUGAACAGGUUGUUGAUUGUAGUCUCUAAGACAGUCUCGGCUCAAAUAAGUGUCGGUAAGAUUGAUGCGGCUCGGGAGCUUCUGGUCGAAGCUGCAGAGUACGAAGACAUGCUAAACAAAGUCGUCUCUCCUGGAGACGCGGAUCUCAACACCAUACGUCCCCUUCUUGACUUUUACCUAGCCCGUGUCCGAGUCAGCGCCGCGGAGGACAAUCACGACAUGUCACUAGGCUUUCUUCGAAAAGCCUUGGAGCUCGGUCAUUCUGGAGCCUUCGAAGCGGAUCAGUACCGAAACUUAGCCAACGAGUGCUGGAUGGUUGGCAAUCAGCUCAUCGCACAAGUUAUGGCCGAUCGCAAAGAUCCCGAAGGUUCAAUUGCUCACUCAAGUGAAUGGUUAUCCUUAGGUCAACGGAUCGCCGAGGAAGGUAUGGACCGUGAAGGAGUUCAUGAACUUCGUAUACUUCAAUUGCAACUACUCAAAAAACAAAAUGCCGCUGAGAAUGACCUCCGAUUAGUCCUCGGUGGUCUCAUGGAGAGCACUCUCUGGACUCAGGAAGGUGUGGCAGAGAUUAUACAUGAAAUCAACUCUUUAGCCACAUACCCUGAUCUUCCUAUCCGCGCCUUUCAAGAGUUUCUCCUCCUAGCUCUCAGCUUACCGGAGGCCCAUGACUGCGUCGUAACGGUCAUGCUAGCCAUCCUCAUGUACGCCAAGGGAAUAUCGGAAACACGAGCGCUGGUGGCCCUCAAGAUGGUCGAAGAGGCGUUGGACGCGCUGGCUUCUGGUGGCGACUACACAAUUGAGAGCAAGACCGAGGUCACCGCAUAUUCUACGCUUUUAUGGAGUCUGGGAGACAAACUGGCUGCCCAGCGAGCUCAAUCUCCAUCAGCGGCGGCUUGGUUUCAACUGGCCGCUCAUCCUGCAUUGACUCAGCUCGAGUUGGACGGUUCGGCUAGAUGUUGGCGCAAAGCAGCCCUAUGUUACAUCCGAGCAGGGGAUAACAGUUCUGCCCGAGCGCUUUUAGAACGUUGCUCGCCCGCAGAAGCCUCAACACAAUACCUCUCCUUUCUUCUUGCCCUCCAGCAAGGGGACGACAUAACCGCCAUUCAAGCUAUCAAAUCUAUAGUUUCCUGUCCCGAUCUGGACGGAAGGCAGAAUGAGAAACUCCUGCUGGAAGCACUUUCAGCCCUUCUUGAAGCCAUUCGGAGGGAUGAAGUAGCUCGGAUCAUAGAGUUGGACGGUCUCACCCUCGUGCGAUCUGCAGAAGAUCCCGGAGCGGACACGGCGUCCUGGAGCGGGCUCCGUCAGGACAUGAUCCAAGUAUACGGGCCGCCGUCUGGCUGUAUGAGACAUCUUAUGGUGGAUUAUCGGAGGCUCAUGAGUGACAAAGUCAAUGCCACAUUCUGCCUUCAAAUGGCUCAAGUCAUGUACGCAUGCUUUUGCGGCAAAGUUUUCCUGUAUCGUGAUAUGUCGGCGGGAAGUUCGAAGGCCGAGCUUCUCGAACAGCUUCUCGCAUAUUUGCCGCAUUGUCACGCAUCUAUAGCAGACCCAAACAGUGAACCUACCACAGCAGAUGUCAAGAGGGAAAUGAUGAAGAUGUUGGAUAUUACAUCUGUGGAGCUUUUCUGUGAAGCCCAAGAUUGGGAUGGACUAAGGAUGAUAGUUGAGACCAUCAUCGCAAAACAGAAGAAAGAGCAGACAGAUAUGGAAGAAGUACGCUCAACAUCUACAUUAGAAGCUAUACAAGAUGUACUUGCUGGCUAUCCUGCGUGUCCCACAAGAUUGACUUUCUCUGUACUUGAGGCGAUCCUAGAAACUUUUGUCAUUGCUCUUGACUCUGAUGUGGCGCCGUUUUCCCGUUGGACCCGAUCAGGCUUGACAGUAUUGUUGAACCGGGGUGAGAAAGGAGAUGACAAGAAAGCUGCAGAGGUGGUCAUGAAGGCUUUGAAAGUUAUGAGUUCGUCCAUUGGAGUGAACUCUUACCCCGAAGACGAGAAAGAGUGGCUCUUUGCGCAAGUAUGGAAUAAAGGUUUGGACUUCCACGGAAAGGGGCAAAUCGCCCUUGCCAAGUGGUGGACCGAUAUGGGGCUCGCGUUGGCGAAGCAUGUGCCUCUGGAGGAAGGAAGGAUGGAGCAGUCACUAAGAACUGACCGUAUCCCGGUUAUACCUCUAGUAGCAACCCCCCACACCGGUUCUCUCUCACGCGUUCAAUACAUUGCCAAUCCCAUAGCGCCAACGAGGACACAUCAUAGUCCAUCAGCCAGAAUGGCAGACGGCAGAUCAUCCAAAUCCCGAUCAAAACCCAAAUCCAGCAGCUCAAGAUCUCAAUCUUCCCGAUCCAAAUCCAAACAACCUGGAUGCACAUCACAUAUCGCCUCCAACGUCUACCUCGCAUAUCUCUCCCUUAUCCUGUUGACGGUCCUGUUCGAAGUGUUACCAGGAGUGACAGGACCGGGUGCCAAGUUUUAUUGGGUCAAAGUGAAGUAUGCGGAAGGUGUGCAAGGUGGUGGAGGUACGCAAUGGGAGUUAGGAGGAUUAGGAGUAUGUGAGGUUGGAGGGAAGUGUUAUACUUCUCAAGGACCUCCACAUUGGGGUGCAGUACAAGGUGGUCUGAUAUUUCAUCUAGCUGUCACACCGAUAUUCUUCCUUCUCUCAUUAUUCCACGCUUUCUCACUCUGGAAACCAAUCUUCAAACCUCGUCUCACAUACUGGCUCUCUAUCCUCCUCCCUGUAACCGCCUUCUUGUUUCCCAUGAUAAGUCUCAUUAUGGAUUUCGCAGUGCGUAGUUCGAUAUCGGGGUCGAAAGAUAUUGAAGAGUUUAAUACACUUCCUGCGUUUUGGUUAUGCAUCCCCUCCAUCAUAUUCUCAACAAGUUGGACACUCAUCGCUAUCUGGUUAUCAUAUAUCGCCGAACGUAAACGACGUGCAGAAAGAGCAGAAAGAGCGAAUAGAGAACGUUCUCGUCGAAAGAAAGAAUCGACUUCUUGGUCUUUGGCGAGUUUGUGGCCAUGGGCUCGGGGAUGAGGUGAAAUUUCAUUAGAAGUUGUUUGUAUUGGUUGUCCCUUUGUUUCCAUUGAGAAAACGUUUCCAAUGAUGUUCCAAGUGAAAGGUGGAGACAGCAAAGUUGAAGUGUCGGGCUUUGUUCGGAAAUUUAUCACUUCAAAGUGUCUGUCCUGACUUUCGUCCGUCACGUAAUAUAUGCUUGAUCUCCAAGGUGAACCAUGGAGUGAACGCAAAGGAGAAAUGAGAAGAAGGACGAGAAUGAAGCUGAUGGGUACAUUGUUGAUUGUACAUUGUUUGAACUUAGAUGAAUGAUGCGGAUCAUACUU